UUGAAAUAUUCGCGGAGGAAAGCGGCGGAGUUGAGAAAACUUCAGUCCGCCUGCUGCGACAGCGGGGCCGGCGUGGAGUCCCGCAGGAGUCCCGGUGGCGUCCCGGAGGACCGGGGGGCUGAGCCAUGGGCAUCCUGGCGGUGAUACGGAAGGAGUGGUUCAUCAUCGGCAUCGUGCUGGUCAUCCUAUCCGCCAAAGUGCAGCCCAGCUUCGGAGUCAGAGGAGGCCCGUUGAAGCCGGAGGUCACCGUGGCGUACGUCGCCGUCGCCCUCAUCUUCUUCAACAGCGGGCUGUCGCUGAAAUCCGAGGAGCUGACCAGUGCUCUGUUUCACGUCCGCCUCCACCUGUUCGUUCAGUCCUUCACGCUCGUCUUCUUCCCGCUCGCCGUCUGGCUGCUGCUCAGAGUGCUGGCGUUCACCGCCAUCGACCAAUGGCUGCUCAGAGGGUUACAAACGGUGAGCUGCAUGCCCCCCCCGGUCUCCUCCGCUGUGAUCCUCACCAAGGCCGUUGGAGGCAACGAGGCAGCUGCAAUCUUCAACUCAGCAUUUGGAAGCUUCUUGGGGAUCAUAGUGACUCCAGGACUGCUGCUCCUGUUUCUCGGCUCCUCCUCCUCCGUCCCCUUCUCCUCCAUCUUCUCGCAGCUCUUCAUGACGGUGGUGGUCCCGCUGGUCCUGGGCCAGGCGUGCCGGAGCUUCCUGCGGGAGUUCCUGGACCGGCGAAAGCCUCCGUUCGGCACCGUCAGCAGCGCCGUCCUGCUCAUGAUCAUCUACACCACCUUCUGUGACACCUUCAGCAACCCCAGCAUCCAGCUGGACCCCACCAGCCUGCUGCUGGUGGUCCUGAUCAUUUUUGCGAUCCAGAUCAGCUUCAUGCUGCUCACCUUCACCUUUUCUACCAGGUCGGGCUCAGGAUUCACCCCCGCCGACACCGUGGCCAUCGUCUUCUGCUCCACCCACAAGUCCCUGACGCUCGGAAUCCCCAUGCUGAAGAUCGUGUUCGCAGGCUACCAGCACCUCUCCCUCAUCUCCGUCCCUCUGCUCAUCUACCACCCGGCUCAGAUCCUGCUGGGAUCCAUCCUCGUCCCGACCAUCAAGACCUGGAUGAACAGCCGCCAGAAGUCUAGUCUGUUGUUGAGAUAGAAACAGUCCCUCAGCUGAGAGGUGAAGCUGACGGCGCUGGAGCCCGUUUGACCAGCCAGAGGAGGACCACGGCGGGGGAGGGGGGCGUGGCCACAAUACGUGCCUUGUUACAACCAAUCAACGAAGACCUCAACGCGGCGGACGCUCGCCUCGACGUGUUUCUACAGAGUUUUCCAUCAUAUAGUGUUUUAUAUUUAAAAAGAAGCUUUAUUUUUCUACGAAUACCUGAAUGGACCAGGAGGGGGGCGGGGUCUGUGCCUGAAGGGGCGGAGUUACCGGGACCAUCGAUGCUUCUUUUUUUUUAUUCUUUUCUUCUAGCUGUUACUGCUGGAAGCUUUGUUACAGAUUGAACUGAAGCUGGGUUUGGGGAUCCAGCAAAGCGAAGGGCUCUUCCAGACGUUCUGAAGUCCCACCCGAGCCGUGAGGUCGGGACUCGAACCCACAGGUCAAAUCAUCUUCCUUCUGUUUACUUCUCGAUCAAACAAUCACCAGAGGUCAAGGCUCUCGUAAGCCAACGGGAAAGGCUAAAGUUGUUACGUUUAUUCUAACAAUCAGGUCACAAUAUCAAGCUGUAUGCAGAUGAUCCUGUUUCUUCUAUAUCUGAGUGUUUCUGUUACCAUGACACCAAAGUUCUGUUUCCUUUAAAGAGUUUGAGGUCUGACUGGGUUCGAUUUUUGUUUUCUUUGUUCCUGAGCUGUGAAACAAAAUCCAACAAAAACUUUUCCAACGGGUGGAAAACAUUUUGUCUUCAUCUGAUUUCAUUUAUACUAACCAUCAUUUUAGCGAUGCACCGAUACCACUUUCCUAAAGGACGAAUACUAACCGUUAGCUACUCCCCGAUACCUAGGACUUAUUGAAUGCUUUAAGUUCCAUGAGAAAAUGUUACAUGAAGAAUCUGCAUUGAAGCUCUUUAGCACGGCUCAACGUUACGAGCAGUUAAGCUAACGAGCUACACCGUUGCUAACUGCUGAUUCAGUUGCUGCUGUUGUAUCAACUGUCUUUCUCCUCUUGACGUUUUAGCACAGAGUUUACCGUCUGUCUUUCUUUUGUCGUUUUCAUCAAUAUGAUUCUCCUAAAUAUAAGCUUUGAGUUUAGAGCUAAAUAGCGAGCAUUGGCAUGCUGAUUUAAUUGAGUUGCAUUGUCCAGACACCACUCGUCUCCCUGCUGCUGACGGAUGACACCACGAGAUUCUCGUCAGGCCCAACAGGGAAGCUUUUUACUCCGUGAAGUAUUGGACCCGAUACCAUGACACUGGUAUCGGUAUCGGUGCAUCACUAAUACUCACACAUUCCGUUCAAUUAGAAAUAGUCACUUUAUUUUUCAAUACAAUGAGAACUUGUAAUUUAUUUCCUAAAAAAAUAGUUAUUUAAUUAUAAUAAUGAUUUAAUCUGAAUUAUUUUUUGCUGUUUAUUAGCCAAAUUUUGAGUAAAAAUACUCCAUGAAAAUCUGUGUUCAUCGAGCUUAUAGAUGGUGAAAGUGAGGUAAAUGAGUGAGAUGCUCCAAGCUUUCUGACCUUUUCCUCCUCCUUUACCUGAGAUUCUUCACUACUCCACAAACAUUGGUCAUCUGCUGUGUUUUUUGUCUUCGCAGCUAGCAUCCGGUUCAGAAGUAGUCAGUAAACUUGUGCCAUGUUUAUCACAAAAUCCGAUCUGAGUCACUUAAUAAAACAUGUGUAACCACACCGUCAAAAAGAAAUCGUAUUUAGGCAGCAAAUCCAUCGGACUCGCAGUGUAAAAGAGUGUUUUAUUUGUUUUUAAUCAUUAAUUUUAGCAGGAAAACAAUUAAAACACUAACAGGUUUAUGGUUUUAAAGGAGUUGAGUUGCUGUUUGGAGUGUGACUGGAGGAAUGUGUGUGUUUGUGUGUGUGUCUCUGACUCUUCUUCUGUAAUUAAAGGUAUUUGAUGACA